AAUGUUUGGGGAAGGAGCAGCUGGAGCGGCGACCGGCAAUCGCCAGUAGAGGAUAGCAUCCGAAGGAUGGAAGGCGGAGUUAAGAGGUGUGAGGCCUUAUGACUUGUCCGUUUCUCUCAUCUCGCAGCUCCCAUCUCAUCUCUCUUCAUAUCCACCCCUGCUGCUCGUGGUGCGCGUUUGCGUUUGCGUUGUCUCCCGGAUUCUCAUCCCUUGCAGUAGCGCGCAGGUGUCACUUGUGCUCCGUCUGGCACCAUGGCCGCCCCCGCUGAUAAGGUUGGAGAUGUGGAAGAGAAGAAGGCUCCGGCCGCGGCGGGUGCUGAGGAGAAAGCUGCGGGCGCAUCGGGCGCUGGAGUCGGUGGCGAGGAGGGAGGAGCCAACCCAUUCGAUUUUUCAGCCAUGUCUGGGCUGUUGAACGAUCCCAGCAUCAAGGAGAUGGCGGAGCAGAUCGCUAAAGAUCCCGCAUUCACCCAGAUGGCCCAGCAGCUGCAGAGCAGCGUGCAGAGUGCUGGAAGCGGGGGGGCUCCCCAGUUGGACCCGAACCAGUACAUCAACGCGAUGCAACAAGUGAUGCAAAAUCCUCAGUUCAUGACCAUGGCAGAACGGCUCGGCAACGCCCUGAUGCAGGUGCGGUAGCGUUCGUUGGGUGGG